AUGCAAAGGAAAUAUAAAAAUAAAAUAUACAACUUAACAAAAAAUGUGUAUUUAUUUUUUUAUGCAAUAAUAAACUUGAAUUCUCUUUUCCUCUUGGGCGUUUCAACAGUUAUUCAAAAAAAUGAUGAAAACAGAAUAAAUUCCCAAAAAACAUUUUAUGUGAGAUCUUUAAUAAAAAAAAGUGAUAUAUUUAAAAAUUCCGUAUUUAACAAAAAGUUACAUGUUUCGAAAUUUUCCCUAUUUACUAAAAAAAGACAUAAAGAAGCGUUAGCCAUCCGAAAAUAUAGAAUGACUGGGCCAUCCACAGCCAGAAGGCACCAUGGAUUAGAUGGCAGGAAACGAAUUAACAAAGUCACGAUGUUACCUCAUAAAGAAAUUAAACUUCCAGUAAGGAGAUGUUUAAUAUUGGGUAAAAUGGACAACUGGAAUGCUCGUAAAAUUUCCAAGUCUGGAGUAAAAACUCACAGAAAACAGAGAGUAAAUUUACGAAGAAAAAGAAUUUAUUUUGAGGAAGAAGAUAGAUUUGUAAAAAUGAGAGUCAGUACAAGAGGAUUGAAGACAAUAAAAAAAUAUGGCUUAGGCUAUUGUUGUAAAAAAUUUAACAUAGACCUAAGUAAAAAAAAAUAUGAUGCUGGAUAUUCCCCAAGGAGAAGAAAAAAAAAAAGUGAUGAAUUUUCCUCUGCACAAAAUGAUGCACUAAAUCAGAAACCACUUCAGGUAUACGAAGAUGCGAAUGAAAUGUUGAAAAAUCUAAACCUUGACAAGAUGAAAAAAGAAUAG